UACAAACACAAACAGACAUUUAAACUUUGCAACCAUCGUAGCAACACAUAUUAUUUUGUAAUUCUGCUUUAUUUUUUAAGUUACAAAACACGCAUUAAAUAGUUAUAAGUCACAGCAAUUAAACAAGUUGGCGUUUAAAUUAAUAAACUAAUUGAAAGUUCAAUAAAGCAAAUACAAAGAAGUUUGCAUAACACAAAAACAAAUUUACGAAACCUGACAAAUAAAUACCUUAAACAAUCAUUAUCAAUUUAAAUUUAUACCAACAAAAUUGAAAAGUGUAUAAAAAAAUUGAUAAGCAUUUUUUAACUAUUUUCAACAUUCUAAAAAACCUCAAACAAUUAAAGUAUGCAAUGCAGUCAGCAAAACCUGUGAAUGUGAUAAGAAUGUUAGAACUUGAAAAUUGAUCGAACAAACAUUUCGGAACUAAAAAAUAGUUUUACAUAAACACCUCAAAAGACAUGACCAGCAGUUGGCUCACCUAAACAUAGUUAAGACAAAAACUAAAAACAAUAUUGUGCAAUAUUUAAAUAUAUUUUAAUUUCCCUACAAAAACGAUAUUGGAUGUUUGCUACACCUUUAACAGAAAACCACCACGCCAUUCCUCCUCUACCAUAAUGGAACUUUUACAUCGUUUCCUUUACACUUUCGUUGGAACUGCCUCUUUUCUAUAUUUCGUGGUUAAAGUAGCUUUGGGCUAUUGGAAGCGUCGAGGUAUUUUACAUGAGAAACCUAAAAAACCAUGGGGUCAUUUAAAGGGUGUAGGUCGCAAAAGACAUGUAGCGGACGUAUUACAAACUCUGUAUGAAAAGUACAAAGGUCAGGCACCUUUUAUAGGAUUUUAUGCUUGGCUAAAACCAAUGCUUCUAAUACUAGACAUAGAUUCUAUAAAUUAUAUCUUAAAUAAGGAUUCCAAACAUUUUAUGGCUAGAGGCUUAUAUUACAAUACAAAUGAAGAUCCACUGUCACAAAAUCUUUUACAAAUGGAUGGCAUUGAGUGGCAGCAUUUAAGUCUAAAAACCAAAGCUCUACAAUGGCCAGAAAAAAUGUCAAAUAUUUUUUCUGCUCUACUUAAAGUACAGCAAACAUUCGAUAAAACCCUACAAGAAAAACUAAAUCAAACAGAGGCAGUCUAUAACAUCACUGAACUGGUGGAAGGUUUCAAUAUAGAUGUCAUCUCUUCUUUGGCAUUUGGCCUAGAAGGCGACUCUUUGCGCUAUAAAGAGACGCAAUUUCAUAAAAUGUGUAAACAUUAUACACAACAAAAUAACAAUGUAUAUAAAGCCUAUUUGGCAAUUUGUUUUCCAAAUUUGGCUCGGCUUUUACAAUAUCGCUUGUAUUCUGUGGAGGCUACCAACUACUUUCAAAAACUUAUCAAUGAUAAACUUUACGACCGUGAAUAUCAACGUACCCAACAAUCCCCGUAUGAUUUUCUACAAAUUUGGUGUGAUUCUCGCAAAAUAAGUACGAGCAUGGAAGCGUUUAAAAAGCUGGACAACUCAGAGAUCGCGGCACAAGCAUUUAAUUUUAUACCAGCUGGACUGGAAUCGUGUACAACAACUGUGACUUGUUGUCUCUAUGAAUUGGCUUUGCAGCCGGAAAUACAAGUAAAAGCUAGACGAGAGAUACAUGGAGUUUUGGCAAAAUAUCAUAAUAAAUUAACGGAGGAGGGGCUGAAGGAGAUGGUAUAUUUGAAACAGAUCUUAAAUGAAACCCUUCGCAAGCACUCACCCUAUCCAUUCCUCUUGCGUCUCACAACCAAAGACUACGAGCUACCCAAUUCAAUAUUUAUGCUUAAUAAAGGCAAUCAUUUAAUUAUACCCACAGCAGCUAUUCACAAUGAUACCACUUUCUAUGAGCAUCCGGAGAAAUUUGAUCCAGAUCAUUUUCAUUCCACAAAGGUACAAAACAGACCAUUAUGUGCAUUUUUACCAUUUGGCUUGGGACCCCGAUCAUGUGUGGCCCAACAUUUCGUACAGCAACAAAUGUUAGUUUGCUUAGUGACAUUACUUAACCGAUUCUCCUUUACACCAUGCCAGGAGACUGUAAUACCCCUGGCAUAUGAUAAUGCAAAAAUACUAAAGAAACCAAAAAAAGAUAUUAAACUUAUGAUUAAGAAACUAUAAAUUGUAUAAUUAAAAAAAACAUAUAUUUGAUGGAAAACCCGCUAUAGAAUUAUUUACGUUAUUUUUUAAUUAUAAUGAAUAAAACUUUUAUUAAGAUUUGUUUUUGUUAUUGAAUGUAUUUUUUACAUUAUUGUAUGUUUAAUUGCAGUUCAUUUAUUUUAUUAUUUGAUUUUUUUAUAUUUGUAUACUGCGUGCAUGUUUUAAUUAAUGUUUAAUUUAAAUUUUUCCUUAGUUAUAUUGUGUAUUGAAUUUUGAAAUGGAAGUAUUGACAUUAUUUUUUUGUAUUUUUUAAAUUGUAUUGUAUUAAAACAAUAAUUAAAGAUUUUUUAUCUAUGUUGCUUGUGAUAAAUUUCUAUUAUUUCCUUAUUUUUAAAUGUAAUUAAAAGCAUUACUAAAUUCCCUAUGAGUGUGUAAUGAAAAUGUAUAUUAAAGGCUUUACGAACAAAUAAAAAAUUAUAUAUUUGUAUGAAUAAAGGCAAUGAAAAAAUAAA